AUGGUGCACCCAAUAGCAGAGGCAAAUGAUCAUAGCCCCUUCGGAACCCUCACUCCGGACGAGUUCUACGCUCGCCACUCAGUGACUCACCACUCCGAGUUUGUUACUAACCCUAGAGGCCUUAAGCUUUUCACUCAGUGGUGGAUCCCUCAGCCUCCAACAAACCUCAUCGGAACCCUCGCCGUCGUCCACAGAUUUUUCGAGGAGUCCAGUUGGCUUAUCCAACUAACUUCUGUCUACUUCGCUAAGGCCGGAUUUGCCACUUGCGCCAUCGACCACCAAGGCCACGGUUUCUCCGAUGGUUUAGUCGCUCAUAUCCCUGACAUCAACCCCGUCGUGGAUGACUGCAUCACCUUCUUCGAAUCCUUCCGCUCUCGCUUCGAUCCCUCGUUACCAUCCUUUCUCUACUCGGAAUCUCUCGGUGGAGCUAUCGCGCUUUUCAUCACUCUCCGCCGAACCGGACUGCCGUGGAACGGCCUCGUCCUCAGCGGCGCCAUGUGUGGCAUCAGCGACAAGUUCAAACCGCCAUGGCCGUUGGAACACUUUCUCUCAAUCGCAGCGGCGAUUAUACCGACGUGGCCCGUCGUUCCCACUCGUGGCUCGAUUCCGGACGUUUCGUUAAAGAUGGAGUGGAAGAGGAAACUUGCAAUUGCGAGUCCGAAGAGGACAUUGGCACGUCCACGCGUCUCGACGGCACUGGAAUUGUUGAGGAUUUGCAGUGAGCUGCAGGGAAGGUAUGAGGAAGUGGAUGUGCCAUUUCUGGUUGUGCAUGGCAGCGACGACGUCAUUUGCGAUUCAAGUUACGUGGAGGAGUUGUACGCACGGGCUAAGAGCAAAGAUAAGACGCUGAAUAUAUAUGAUGGAAUGUGGCAUCAGUUGGUUGGAGAACCGAAAAAGAAUGUGGAGUUGGUUUUUGGUGAUAUUUUCGAAUGGCUUCGCAAACGCGCCGUCGUGGAUGGUGCUAAUUAG